AUGGCUGGGAUGACGUACAUCGACAUGUCGAGAUUUACUUCCAACCCAGCCGGUUUCUACGCAACCAACAACCAGUUCCAGAAAUCCGGUCCAAAGGGUUUCAUGGAAGUGAAGGCUCUCGAGAGCGGAGAUCUCUACGUGCGCGUAGACUUGCCCGGUGUUCCAGACGACGCCAUCCGCUACAGAGUCGACGCCGUGAGGCAAAAGGUCGUCUUUUUCUCCGGCGAGACUCUCAGCGACGGUAACUACGUGAACAACGGAGUCCGUGAGUACUCUGGAACCACGGGUCUCGGGUGUGACUGCUGCGAGAUCACAGGAGUUGAUGCCAAGAUGAAAGAUGGAGUCUUGAGGAUGAUUGUGUCAAAGGUCAAAGUGAAGGACCACGAGAACAAGUGUGAUCUCACUCUGCCUCCUCCUCUCACUGGUAAAUCCGGAAGAAUCGUGGAAGAUCAUCCGUUUGUGGUGAGGGGUCGUAAAGGAGCCAUCUUUGCGGAGCCAAAAGAUGAUGGAGGACUUUACAUUGCGGUGGAUUUGCCAGGUGCUAGUGAGGGUGAUGCUGUACUGAUUCCUCAAGAGUAUCAAGUUGAAUUCAGAGGUGAGGGGAAGAAUGUGAGUGAGCACGAUGAGAGUGGUCGUCUCUACGUGGGAAGAUUCGGCAACACUCCUGAAUUUGCGCCUUCACUUUUAAGGCACACCGUCUCUGGUUCUAUUGAGUUUGGUGUUCUCAAGAUUCACCUUAAUCCUCCUCCUAGCCGCAACAACGAAGAGUAA